AUGGACUAUAAUAAGAUGAACUCCUUCUUAGAGUACCCACUCUGUAACCGGGGACCGGCUUACAGCGCCCACAACGCCCCAACUUCUUUCCCCUCUUGCUCGGCUCCAGCCGUUGACAACUACGCAGGCGAGGCCCGAUAUGGCGGAGGGUUACCCAGCCCCGGGUUGCAACAGAACCCCGGCUACCCGACGCAGCAGCAGCCUCCGGCACUGGGGAUGCCCUUCCCCAGCUCCGCGCCCUCGGGCUACGCCCCGACCACCUGCAGCCCCAGUUAUGGGCCUUCUCAGUACUACCCUCUGGGCCAGCCGGAAGGAGACGGAGGCUACUUUCACCCCUCAAGCUACGGGGUUCAGCUAGGGGGCUUGUCCGACGGCUAUGGAACCGUAGGAGCUGGCCCGGGGCCCUACCCCCCACCGCAGCCCCCUUACGGGACGGAGCAGACGCCGAGCUUUGUGGCCUCCUAUGCGGAUCUCCUCUCUGUGGACAAGGAGCCACCCUGCCCGUCAGAGCCCAGCACCACUACGGCCCGGACCUUUGACUGGAUGAAGGUCAAGAGGAAUCCACCCAAGACAGCGAAGGUGUCGGAGCUGGGCCUGGGCGCGCCCAGCGGCCUGCGCACCAACUUCACCACGCGGCAGCUGACUGAGCUGGAGAAGGAGUUCCACUUCAAUAAGUACUUGAGCCGGGCCCGGAGGGUGGAGAUCGCCGCUACCCUGGAGCUCAACGAGACCCAGGUCAAGAUUUGGUUCCAGAACCGGCGCAUGAAGCAGAAGAAGCGUGAGCGGGAGGGAGGCCGGGCGCCCCCAGCGCCCCCGGGCUGUUCCAAGGAGGUGGCUGGAGACGCCUCGGACCAGUCGGCUUGCACCUCCCCUGAAGCCUCGCCCAGUUCGGUCACCUCUUGA